ACUGGAGAAAAUAUCUUUUAUCUUGCUUAUCCAGACUUGCUUCAGACCUUAGUCUUUAAUAACAACUUACUGGAAUCUCUAAUCAGGAAUGAAGUGGAAGUCACCUGAAUUCUCUUGUACACUACUGAGACGAAAUGACAUUCAUGUUUGUGGUGAAUGGAAGUCAUGGCAGCGUCUAACAUGGGAGGGAAAGACAUGAACGGACAAUGUGGCGUGACUCGUUCAGAUUGCAGCUCUUCUGCCUGCUUAUGGCAGUACUGGCUAUUGUGGUGCUGGUCCAUAACUUUUUUCAGUUAGAGCACCUGGAUGAUGACACAGUUUCAGGAUCAAAUUGGAUAACAGAAAACAAUGUCCAGCAUUCUCUAUCACACACAACCAAAACUACCAGGAAGCCUUACUGUGGUUAUAAGCAGCAGACUUUGUCCAAAAGAGAACAAGCGGAACAGGCAUCAUUGCUUGCUGCAAUACAGUGGCCAAAACCCCCUGAUGGCAAAAUUGCCUUUGUACAAAGCACUGAUCCCACACAUAGUGACUUUGUGAUUGUGAAACCCAGCAGGUUCUUCAAGGUGGGUGAUCAGUUAGAGGUGCUUGUUCGUAUGAAGGAUUUCCACGGAAAACCCAAGCAGUAUGGCGGAGACUAUCUACAGGCACGAAUUCACUCUCCUCUGCUGAAAGCUGGAGCAACGGGAAGGAUUGUAGAUUGCCAUAAUGGCCUUUACAAAGUCUUCUUUACCUUGCUUUGGCCAGGAGAGGUCAAAGUUUCUGUGUCGCUUGUCCAUCCAAGUGAAGCAAUCCAAGUCCUCCUGCGUUUACGAGAAGAAAGGCCAGACAGGGUCUAUUUCAAAAGCUCAUUCAAGUCUGGGAGGUAUUCGGAAACUACUGAAUGCAAUGUUUGCUUGCCUGGAGACCUCCCGGUCUGUAACUUCACAGACCUCUACACGGGUGAGCCGUGGUUCUGUUACAAGCCUCGAAAACUGUCCUGUGCCAGCCGAAUCAGCCAUGCCAAGGGUGGAUAUCAAAAAGGUCUUCUGACACAAGAGGAAAGCCUCUUUUUCCAAAGUGAUGUGAAUAUCAAAAGGCCGCUGCUCUCCAGUGGACCUGAUUCAGUGAUGGUAAAGCCCAAGGCAUUUACAGAUUCAAGCAGUAUGGACAGAGCUGAAGAUCCCACAGUUUCCCCUUCUGGUUAUUAUUAUGAAGACCAGUGGAGGUCUACAACACACUGGAUCCAUCAUUUUAACAAGUCAGAUGAUAUAACCAAAUGCUUACAGGGAAAAGUAAUCCACUUGUUUGGAGACUCUACAAUAAGGCAGUGGUUUGAAUAUCUGACAGCAUUUGUUCCAGAUCUAGUGGAAUUUAACCUGGGGAGUCCUAAGAAUGUGGGCCCUUUCAUGUCUGUGGACCUGAAGCACAAUAUCCUACUGAAGUUCCGCUGUCAUGGCCCACCCAUUCGCUUUUCAACAGUCUUCAGCAGUGAACUGCGCUACGUUGCCAACGAACUGAAUGGCAUAGUGGGUGGGAGAAACACGGUGAUAGCCAUAACCAUAUGGUCCCACUUCAGCACUUUCCCUGUGGAAGUGUAUAUCCGGCGGCUGAGGAACAUUCGGAGAUCAAUUAUUCAACUGCUGGAUCGCAGCCCCAAGACUUUAAUCAUCAUCAGAACGGCUAAUGUUCAGGAGCUUGGGCCAGAAGUGAGCCUCUUUAACAGUGACUGGUAUUCCUUUCAGCUUGAUUCUGUCAUGAGGAAAAUGUUCUCAGGAAUUGCUGUGCACUUUGUGGAUGCUUGGGAGAUGUCUCUGGCUCAUUACUUGCCACAUAGCUUGCACCCAAAAGAAGUCAUUGUUAAGAAUCAAAUAGAUGCAUUUUUAUCUUACGUGUGCCCUCUGCAAACUUAGCACAAGUGGGUAUCCCUAUGUCAUCAUCUUUUGCUAUAGCCGAAGGAAAGUUGCUCUUUGUCAGAGCUAUCGAGUUAUGCUGGAUGGUAUGGAAGAACUCUGGUUAUUGUACUUGCAUGCAGUAUAAGCGGGGUGGCCUUAGCUCUGGGUAGCUGUGAAAGGUGGUAAAGAGGAGUUGACUGUUCAGGCCAUAUCUUCCUGCAAGGUUGAUUCCUUCCAACCUUAUCAUUCGUAUCUGAGAUUAUUAGAGAGCACCUUAAAUUAAAUUGACAGGAUUCAAUAAGAAAUUAUAUGGGUUAUUAGCUUUACUAGUUGUCUGCACUGUAUGCUUAAUUUAAUCCAUAUGACACUGAUUCUGUUGCCAGGGUCUUGCUGCUCAGAACUGUGUGUGAAACCUGGGAAAAAUUUUGGGAGUGGUCUUCCUCUCAACGUUGCAGAGUUUGAGGGACAUCCCCUCCAGUUGUAUGUCAGAGAGGCGCAGCAUCUGUUCUUGUUUCAAAGUCCUAAUUAGAAAUACGAAGGGAGUGUACCAAAAUCUCUAAUAUCAAUCAAGGAAGCACAAUCAAAAUAUCUAUAGUAUUAAGUCAUCAAGAAUUUGCUGAAAUUCAAUAGAGCACACUAGUUAGGCACCCUUGGUGUUUAAAGACGGCUGCUAAAUAAUGCAAAUAGCCAGUAUUUUAGUUUGGUUUCCUGUACUACUGAAUCUCUUCUGAGCUUUAAUACACUGUCUACUUCUUGAUUUGUCUGUAAUGGAGAAACGUGUAUAUUAUGACCUCAGUGAAGACACUGUCUCAGGCAAUUUCUGCAAGUUCAAGUUGCAGGCUUGCCUACUUGAAGCUUGAAGCUCUCACUAAUGAAAGUGUUUCCCUUCCCUGUAAGAUAAAACUGUUCCGUUACGCUCUUGCAAAGCUGGGCUUCUGAUCAUUACUCUUGUACAUCGUUCAUGCAUUGUGUCUGUAUGGAGAAGCCAAGUGAUCUGAAUGCGCCUGACGAUGUUUGGCAAUGGGUAACAGUAACUGGCACACACUGGUGUCAAGGCCGUGCAAUGAUGUCCCUUCUAUGUUUGGCAGUUUUAUCAUUUAUUCAUGAGCUUCACUGCUGCCAAUAUAAAAGGUCAAAAACAUCGCACCCAGAAGCCAAACACACACAGGGUUACCCUCCAUACAGAUGCUUGGUAAAUAUUUGUGGUUUUGCUGGUGUGAAAGCUGGUGGCUCUUGGGCCUCUUGGCAUGGUGUUUUCUGCUGCUAAUUUGAUUGAGCCCAUCUAUAGUUUUAACUAAUAGCGCUUUGAAAACAAAGUUUUGAUUAAAUUCAGCCCACAAAUUAAACAGCAGAGAAGUGUUCCAUAUUGUCGUAUUUCUGGUCCUGCUCAGGCCAAAGGUAGCCUUUACCAGUGGCUUUACUGAGAAAUGUGUCAGAACAGUAGUGGAGUGCUUCUGAAGAAGCUCAUCAUGCUUAAGGAGAAUAUGAAAGUUGAGACUUUGUGAGCAAACUGAGAAGAUUAAUAAGGCAAAUUGGUAGGUUGCACAGAAUGGAAUAAUUGAAAUGUCUUCAUAUUAGAAAUGUUUUACUCUCUGCCAGGUUUGCUGCUAUGUUAGGAAGAUUGUGCUCUUAUUGCUGGAGCCCCAAGAGAGCUAAUGCUACCAGCUACAGGAACAGUGUUUUUUGUUUCCUUCAUUCUAAAGGACAACUGAGAACUGUUUUAAAAACAAAUGUAAAUGCUUUUAGCAUGUACAAGUCAUCAGUAGCAUCCAUCUAUAUACUUAGCAAUUUUAAAAUGUUUAAAAAUGGCUGGAGGAGUUGCAAACACUGAAAUAGCAUUUAUUCUUAGCUUUUCAAAUCAGAAUUAAGGAGGUCCAAUUUGCCAGUUCCUACUGACAACUGCCUCACAUAGUAUCUGUCCAUACAUUAGCUUUAGGUGAUUAUUUCUUACUUUAAUAAGUUAAUGGAAAUUUAUCCUCUGCUAAAAAGAGACCACACCAAUUCAGGUCUGGGAAGGUAAACCACCACAAUGCAAAAUGACCUUUCAUCUUUUCCAGGUGUGUUUUUUAAAAUAGGUAGAGUAUAAGGCUUUCAUGCUGAAUAACAAAUCUAUCCAAAUAAUGUUAAUGAAAAUAAGACUUCAAACUUUUGCUUUGAAGGAAACUACUUAAUUUGUGGACUAACCAUUUGGUUUUCCUCACAAAGCUAUAUCAUGUGUGAAAGUGUUGUCGUGGCAUGUUUCUUCUCUGAAUGUUGUAGUGUUCACCACUGCUCUUCAACGGCAACUUUAUAUCGCUGUUAGCUACCAAGAACAGAUAGAGAAGAACAUUUUUUUUUUGAAUGUUUUGACAAUUGAGGGAAAGAGAACAGGGCUGCUGUUAGCAAAGAUGUCUAAUCACCUUCUGGUAGAACCUCUCCCUUUUAGAUUAAUUAGAUUUAAUUUUUUUGAUAACAGAUUAACUAACUUUUAGGUAAUGAACUUGAGGGAAAUUGCCAGUUGAUUUGGAAUGAGGACCAAUAUUUCAUUUCUUUGGGCUCUGGAAUAGACAGGGAGGAGAAAGGGAGAAAGUGAGGAUUUACUCAUGUUUUAAGAUGAAGACUGGGGACACUAUGCUUUUAUAUGUCAUUCAGUUGAACUAUAAAUUAUUUUUCAUUUCUAUUCUCAUCUUGUUACCAGUUGUGUAUGUACUGUAUAUGGAAACAUAGAAGCAAUAAAAUAUUUUUAAAUCAG